UCGCAGCUACGUCAUCAACGACGAGCGCUGAUUAGCUGAGCGGCCGAGGGAGAAGCGAAGCGGACCAAUCACAGAUGUGAGGACUCUUUCAUGACAUCCUCUCUGCACUCGGCAUGGCGCAGGACGGGGACAAACACGGCCUGGAGGAGAAAUUUGCUGCUGCAGUUAAAGUGAUGCAGAGUUUACCAGAAGAAGGUCCUUUCCAGCCAUCUGAUAACAUGAAGCUUAUGUUCUAUAGUUACUAUAAGCAGGCCACCUCAGGGCCCUGCAACAUCUCCAGACCAUCUGGCUUCUGGGACACUUGUGGAAAAGCUAAAUGGGAUGCCUGGAGAUCUUUAGGAAAUAUGACAAAGGAGGAUGCCAUGAAGAAUUACAUUGAGAACAUUCAACUGAUUCUGGAGGCAAUCCCAAUCUCAGAUGAAGUGUCGGACCUGGUGCAGAAGCUUGGUGACUUCUACACAGAAGUAGACGGAGGAGGUGAAGAAGCUGAAGUAGACGGAGGAGGUGAAGAAGCUGAAGAAAAUGAGGCAGACAGGAGACCCUUCACCAGGCCUUUUGCAAGCCAUGCAGAUAAACUGGCCAAACCAUUUAAGAAACUGACAAUGGAAGGCUUUGGGGAUCUGUGGGAUGAUAUACAAAACCUUCAAGAAAAAGUCAGUGAUCAUGUCAGUAGUGAGGAGGCGGAGGGAAGCAAAGAAAAUAGUGAAACUGGGAGGAAAGAGGAAAGUAGGGAUUGGAAGAGAAGUGAGGAAGAGGAUAAAGAAGAUAAUACAGAAGAUGAAGACAAGGAGGAGGAAGAAAAAGACUGGAGUCCUGACCCAAGGCUGCUGAAGGUGGAGGACAAGUGGUGGACGUCAGGCACCAGAGGAUCCAGCAGCAGCAUGGAGCUCAGCAUGUCUUCCUUCACCAACGGGACACACAGCUCCCUCAACAGCGAGGUGGAAGAGGAAGAACUGGCCUGUUCCAUAGAGCCCACUGUGCAAUGUAACCUGCACAUGCACUUUAAUGGACACCUAAGUGAUCAUAGUGAUGCUGCUCAAGAGAAAAACCACCGAUCCACAGACUCGGAUAAUGAGGAGUUCUGUGACUCAAUGGAGCAUCUCGCCAUGGAAGAGCCGGUAUCUACAUCAGGCGUUCAGUCAUGUGAAUCAGGAACUGCCUCAUUGAAGCAAAAGGAUCUUAGGUUUGUGAGCAGCACUGCCAUGAAUGGAGGAGAGGAUCAAGUGGGAGAAGGGAUUAGUACAAGCCAAAGCAACAGCUCCUUGUCUAGAAGAGGGAGAGGUCUUCCAUCACCAAGGGCUAGCUGCAGGUCUCAGCUGUGUUCCCGUGGAGAUGCUAGCCACAGUUAUGAGUCAAAGAAGAGACAUCCUGUCACUGCGUGCAGGGGAAACCUCAAUGAGCAAAUAGCUACAGCUUUGCUGAAGCUGCAGUGUGACAUGGCCAAUGUGCUGCACAGGCUGCACACCCUGGAGGCGCUCACCGUGUCACAGUCAAGAUCAUCUUCACCAAGGCAGGAGGACUCCCUAUCUACAGCACGAAAGUUCCUCAGACCAUCCUGGUGGCCAUUUGACUUCGCCCCACUCACAGUGGUGUUGACUGCACUCUGGCCAUUGAUUGCCCAUUUGCUUGUCCAGCUUUAUUUACAGCGGAAGAGAAAGAAAAUCCCCUGAAUUGUUUAACAGAACAAAGAACAUGAACCUAGGAGGAAAUCACUGCACCUUUGUUGCUUUGUGGCUUCUGUAAGUCAUCAACACAGUCUAAGGUGCCAGUAGAAAUGGAAAGGCUACCUUAGAUAAAUCAAUAGUCAGAAAGAUCAUUCAAAGGGAGCUGGCAUAGUCUAGCAUUUUAACUUCGGGGAAGCUUUUUAAUUGUCUAAGAAAGGGAGGAUUUAUUUAUAAUAAAUGCAGGCACAUUUUUUACAGUUAGUGAUUUUAUUUAUGAUGAAUUUUAUAUUAGACAACAUGUUAUUUAGAUUUCAUAGUCUAUGUUGUUUUCAUUAUUAUUUUUCAGACAAUGCUCUUUACAGGUAACUAAGAACAGUCACCUUUUAUAUUUUUUGUCUGAAAUAUGGAACUAUUUCAGUGGCAUUUCUAAUUAGAUCAAAUAGACAUUUAAGGUGAAAACAUGGUUUUUAAUGUGCAAACUGUAUAUUCAUAGCAAUAUUAUUGAUAAAAAUUUUGCAGAAUGAGUGUGAUUUAGAAUACAGACAAUCCAUAUAUAUCAAUAUAUAAUCAUUCUUGCUUCUUGUCAUCUGUACAGCGAAAAAGAACGUUCAGAUUAGGGACGCUUACAGUACUUUCAGAUACACAAUUGUAAAACAUCAGUUUGUGAAGCCCAUUUUAUCAUGCAAUAAAUACAGUCUUUGAACAUACACUUUUAUUGCAGUGGAUCUUUUGUUUUGAUGCCCAACUCAAAAUUAACAACUGGCCGCGAGUCCUUAUGAAAAGG